UCCACUCAAAAUGUCCCUUAUCUCUUGCUUCUUAUCCCCUGGCAUUGCAAGAUUUCCUAAAACCUCCAUUAAACUUAACCCAUAACAAUGGCUUAUUCUGCAGCAGCUUCCUUUCAUAUUCUAUCCGUAACUUCAUCCACAACCUUAUCUUCCAUCUCUAAAACAUCUUCAUCUUCACUUUGCAUCAUCCCUUCUUCCAUUAAUCCUCUUCCCAAGCUUUUCUCCAGUAAGCUGUUUCAAUCCACACCAUACUCCUCUCGUUUCGUACGGGCUGUUGCAUCUUCGUUCGAGUUGGACGAGGAUUUAUCAAGUGACGGUGAAGACCAAAGGUCGAACUUUUCACUUGACCUUAAAGUAUAUGUAGGUAACUUGCCAUGGAAUGUUGACAGUGCAGCUCUUGCUGAAUUGUUUCAAAGAGCUGGCAAUGUUGAGAUGGUUGAGGUUGUGUAUGACAAAGUGAGCGGAAGAAGCAGGGGUUUUGGCUUUGUGACUAUGUCAUCUGUCAAAGAAGUUGAGGCGGCUACCAGGCAGUUCAAUGGCUAUGAACUUGACGGGAGGCAACUGAGGGUAAAUUCAGGGCCACCUCCAAGCAGAGAAGAGUCAUCAUUCAGAGGGCAAAGAGAUGGAGGUCGUGGCAGCUAUGGUGGUGGAUAUGGUGGCGGUGGUGGUAGGAGUUCUGACACCAAUAAGGUUUAUGUUGGAAACCUUGCAUGGAGUGUGGACAAUCUGGCUCUUGAAACCUUGUUUCAGGAGCAAGGAAAUGUUAUGGAAGCUAGGGUAGUUUAUGAUAGGGAUAGUGGUAGGUCGAAGGGUUUUGGUUUUGUGACAUACGGUUCUGCCGACGAAGUUAAUAAAGCUAUCGAGUCUCUGGAUGGCCUUAACGUUGAUGGUAGAAAUAUCCGAGUCACUGUUGCUGAAGCUAGACAGAGGCCUCAAUUCUAAACCAUCCUUGGGGUAUGCUUAUGGAUUUGCAACUUUUCACUAUGUCAAGAACUUAUGGCCGUUGCGCUGGUUGCAAGUUUUAGAAGACGGUAAUGCUUUAACCCAAGCUCCUGCCUGGUUAAACCCAAGCUGCCGUUUGAGUUUUGUUUCUGCAACCUCUAGACUAAUAGAUGAUGUAACGAUUUUGAAUUUUGCAAUUUAUGUUUCAGAGUAAGCUUUUAGCCGUUGUUACCAUUUUGUAAUCACUGAUUUGAUGUAGGUGUAUUGAAAUCGUGUGUGAUAAGAUGUUUUAAGUCCUAAA